AAAUAAGAGAGACGGGGCGAACAAAUAAGAGAGACGGCAUGACAGAAACAGGAAAACACAAAGAAGAGAGAGAGGCGGCCCUAGGCGGAGGCAUGGAGGGUAAUAAAGUAGAAGGAGAAGAGAAAAAGCGAGAAAACGAGAAACUAAAACAAAUCCAAAAUCAAGGUGGUGGUGGUGGUGGUUCUAAUUUGAAAGGGAAAUCAUGCAAAGGGUAUCUUUAUUAUUCUUCAACUCUCAAAUCUAACGUCACUAAUCCUCGAUGUAUUGGCAUCCCCCGUACUCUCCGCCAAAUUCCUAAUUAUGUUGGACAAUCUGAGGUAGAAGCUUCAAAAGAUGGAAGGGUUCUUUCAGAUUUUUAUUAUGGUUGUGCUGGGUACUCUCUUUAUUCAAAUAAAGACCACUCAACUGAUAAGCAAGUGGCAAAAAAAGAACUUCCAGUCUGUGUAGGUCUUGAGCUUUUGGUGGAUAGAAGAGUUGCUACUGCAGAAAGUGCUUCUGCUCCGGCUCAUAUCCACCAUAAAGAAGAUGGUCGUGAAUUGCCUCAGCCUCAGCCUGCACGUGAAUUGCCUCAGCUCCGAGCACAGAAACCAGCGAGUUCCCCAGCGGAUGACUUCUUCAGCAGGUAUAUGAGGAAUUCAGGCCUUGUUGCAUCAGGGGUGGCCAGGAACAUGCGAAGAGUGGGGAUUUACAUAAAAGACAGUGUGGAUGAUAUUUUGUACCCUUACAGAAGGCGACCGAAGUAGGUCAUACACACUUGAAUUGAUGCAUGGAGGAGGAGAGUUGGCCUGGUGAUGUAAAAACAUGCUUUAUCCUAACCUGUGCAGUCCGCUUUCUGAUCAGCGCUCACUUUUACUCCUUUUAAAACCCCUCAACACCCUUCCCUCGUAUCAAUAAAACAGUGUUGCAGGUAGUCGAUGAAGAUGCUGUUAUCCAUUCACCUGGACACGAUUUUUAUAGUUAAUGUCAUCUAUUGUAUUUAAAGCCCGGGCUGGGGUAAGUGAGGGUGACAAAAGGCUCUUUUUGUGUGAUACAGUGAGCUGAUCUUAAAAUUCUUGGUGAUAAUGUUGUUCAUUUCCUAAUGACUGCACUACACAUUUCUAUGCCUGUAAUUUAAAAAACAAAUGGUUUCAUUUUGAAUUACUUGACAUGAUAAAUAAAGAUAAGAUUGCAAGCCU